GGCUUGAACUCCAUUAGCAUUAUCUUAUAUCCCCUUCACAGCUCUUCCCCCCGCCUUCCUCCUCCCUCUCUAACCCCUCGUCCCCAUGCCUAUACGCGAACCCUAACCCUAAUCUUAACCAUUUAUCACCAAAUUAAGCGAAAUUAAACAGAAAAUGGAACAAAAAGCCCAAGCUGAAGCACAAUCGAAGCUCUAUCCACUACCCAACGGGGCCGUCAAGAAGUCUCACCACCCGCAUCCGACCAUCAUCCACCGGGAGUGCCUCAAGAACCACGCCGCCAGCCUCGGAGGCCAUGCUCUUGACGGUUGCUGUGAAUUCAUGCCGUCGCCGGCGGCGACCCUCGCGGACCCCACCUCCCUCAAAUGCGCGGCUUGCGGCUGCCACCGUAACUUCCACCGCCGGGUUUCGUUCGCUGCAACUUCAGCAGAGGAGGAUGAAAUCGAAGGUGAAGUAGAGGGCGAAGGACGCGGCCGGAAGAGCUCCAGCGCGGGCCGGCAGCCCCUUUCUUCAUUCUUCACCUCGGCGCCUCACACGCUUCUUGCUCUCAGCCGCGACGAAAGGCCUUCGCCGGCAUCGGUGUCGAGGAAGCGGUUUCGGACGAAAUUUAGCGCGGAGCAAAAGGGGAGGAUGAUGGAGCUGUCUGAGAGGCUUGGUUGGAAGUUGCAGAAGAGGGAUGAGGGUUUGGUGGAGGAUUAUUGCAGAGAGAUUGGCGUGGGAAAAGGUGUUUUUAAGGUAUGGAUGCAUAAUAAUAAGUAUCAGUUGUUUAGGGCUUUGGGAAGAGGAGACGGAAGGAGUAAUGUCGCCGGAGUUGUGGGUGGUGGAGAUGGGCGGAUGGGUGAGGGGAAUGGAAUUUGCGGCGAGGCUGAUGGAAAUGUGAUGAAUGGUUCUUCUUCUUCUUCUUGAAGAAAUAAAAAUCUGUUUUUUAGGUUUUUUUUUUCUUCUUCAAGUUGUGAUUCGCAGAUGAAACGAGGAAGACGAUUGUGGGCGGGAAGAAAGAAGAAGAAGAAAGGUACAGUUGUUUU